CACACACAUAUAUAUAUAUAUAUAUACACACACAUCCCUCUCAAAAUCCAUAUAUAUGACCAGACCAAGAGCUCGCCGUGAGCUAAUUUGCUCUUCAUCAAAUCUCUCCUCUCUCCUCUCUUCUAGGAAAUCACGAUCACUAAUAUUCAAUCACUCCCAUAAUUGAAAAAAAAAAAAACCAACAAAGACCCAAAAUCCGAUGUCGAUCAUGACCAUGAUGAGCAUAUCACCACCAGCGCCAUCAUCGCCGCCGCCGCCGCCGUUAGCUUCGUCGCCGCCGGCAUCACUCCCCGUCCGUACGAUUCCGGGGAGCUACGGUUGGCCGUUGCUGGGGCCCAUCUCGGACAGGCUGGACUACUUCUGGUUCCAAGGACCGGAGACUUUCUUCAGAAAACGAAUCGACAAGUACAAGAGCACUGUUUUCCGUACCAACAUCCCGCCGACGUUCCCUUUCUUCAGCGCGAAUCCGAACAUCGUGGCUGUCCUCGACUGCAAGUCAUUCUCUCACCUCUUCGACAUGGAAAUCGUCGAGAAGAAGAACGUUCUUGUCGGAGAUUUCAUGCCCAGUGUCAAGUUCACGGGCGAUAUUCGGGUCGGAGCUUAUCUCGACACUGCUGAGCCCAAACACUCUCAGGUGAAAAACUUUGCAAUGGACGUAUUAAAAAGAAGUUCCAAGGUUUGGGUCUCAGAACUAACUUCAAGCCUCUCAACGAUGUGGGACACAGUAGAAACCGACCUAUCCAAGAACAAUUCUUCCAUCUACUUAGUCCCACUACAGAAGUUCAUCUUCAAGUUCCUCACCAAGUCCCUAAUUGGAUGCGAUCCUUCGAUCUCGCCAGAAAUGUCGGAAUCCGGCCACGUUAUGCUCGACCGCUGGCUUGCCCUCCAGCUCCUCCCCACCGUCAAGAUUGGCGUUCUUCAGCCCCUUGAGGAGAUCUUCCUCCACUCUUUCGCCUACCCUUUUUUCCUUGUCAGUGGUGACUACAAUAAGCUCUAUCAAUUUAUAUUGGAUAACGGUAAGGAAAUACUAGAACGAGGCAAGACCGAGUUCGGACUGAGUCAAGAAGAGACGAUUCACAACCUCCUUUUCAUCCUUGGCUUCAACGCCUUCGGCGGCUUCUCCGUCUUCCUCCCGACUCUGCUCGGCACCAUCGCCGGCGACACAACCGGUCUUCAGCAGCGCAUCGUCAAAGAGGUCAGGCAAAACGGCGUGUCGUCUCCGCUCACCUUCGACUCCGUCAAGGAAAUGGAUCUCGUCCAGUCUGUCGUUUAUGAGACGCUCCGGCUCAACCCGCCGGUUCCGCUGCAGUUCGCCCGGGCCAGGAAGGACUUCCGGCUCAGCUCCCACGACUCGGCCUUCGAGGUCAAGAAGGGCGAGCUUCUCUGCGGGUACCAGCCGCUGGUUAUGCGGGACCCAAAGGUCUUCUCCGAACCGGAGGAGUUUAGACCGGACCGGUUCGCCAAAGAGAAGGAGUUGCUCAAUUAUCUUUACUGGUCUAACGGUCCGCAGACCGGUUCGCCGAGCGAGUCGAACAAGCAGUGCGCGGCCAAGGACUACGUCACGCUCACCGCGUGUUUGAUUCUCGCCUACACGUUCCGACGCUACGAUUCGAUCACUGGGAGCGCUAGUUCGAUCACAGCCGUUGAAAAGGCCAAGUAAGAGACAGAUUUCAUUGACUUUUCAGUUGCAAUGUAAAUUUUCUCUCUUUUUAAGAUGGGUGGGUCCUACAGAAUCUGACGUGUUUAAAUGAACGGUGAUGGGUCAUGAGGGGAAAAAAAAGGAAAAAGAAAAAUAAAUAAAUAAAAUAUAUGAUGAAUGAUGGGGGUGUUGUGUCAUGUGUGUGUUAAUAGACGUGGGGACCAGUUUUUUUUUUCUUUUUUUUUUGGGGUCAUUAUUGACUCUGAAUUGAGUUUACAUAAAAGGAGGGCCACAACUGCCUUAUCAAAAA